CGGCUGUAGCCCCUUCCGCAACACGGCCGCGCGUACCGGAGCGGGGCAUCGACGUCUCUGUCGGUUCGUUCUUCGGCUGCCCCGAAAUCUACCGCCGCAAUUAGCAGUCUCUGGAUGGGGCUGGGAAGGCCCGCCCUUGCCCUCGUCGUGGCGACGGCGCGCGGGCACGCGCUCUGCUGGACCGCAGAACAGCCGAACUGCGACUACGCGCUCGCGACCCUGGCCACGAAGCCGACGCUCCGGGAGCUCGAGCUGUUCCUGCGGACGUUGCAUCGCUUCGACGCGACGAGAAAAGUCUACGUGGGCACGGACUCGGUCGCGAGCAACUGGACGCGCAAACAGCAAAUUCACGCGGUCGUCGACACGCCGUGCCUCGCCCGUUACGAAGCAUUCAGCCGCAACUGGAUGAAGCGCCAACGGUGGGGCGAGCUGACCGUCUGGACGCACCUCCAGCUCGAGAAGACGACGGUCAUGGCCCGCGCGCUCGAUGACGGCUGGUCUGGCGUCCUCUACGCGGACUGCGACGUCGUGUGGCUCGCGCCGUUUCCUUCCGUUGGCCCCGGCGUGCUGGGCGUGUCGCCGUGUCUCUGCGCGCCGAGGGUUGAAGCGAGGUACGGCAAGUACAACGGCGGUCACGUCUUCGCGCGGAGUCGAGAGGUGCUCGCCGUGUGGCGCAACGCGACGCGGCGCUCGCGGUACUUCGAGCAGGCGGCGCUCGAGACUGUUCGGACCGUCUUUAACGAGAGCGCUUUCGACCUCGACCGGCGAGCCAACGUCGAGUGGCUCAACCUGCUGGGAUCUCACUCAUUUGACCGUCGCGACCACACCAUGAACCUCACCGUGGACGACGACGGACAAGUCUGGUGGCUUGGCGACCGCUUGCUGUCGAUCCACGCACACGUGGUCCCCUCGUCGAAUCAACCGAAUUUCCAGCUGCCCGCUGUGGCGCGGAUCACGGCCGUGUUACAACGCUCGCUCAUUCUCGACGACCUUUGCGCGACGCACCACCUCCUGUGUGCGUCUCGUGCUCCGUGCCCCGUCGCCGCAAUCCGCGGAAGGAGCCGGACGGUCCACAUCGCGUCGUUUCGCGCUGGACACGGCGAUGCAGCGAGCAAUUACUAUCACUUCUUCUUCGGACUUCUCGUGCCCUUUCUCAACUGGCUGGAGACAUCACGGCCGCUCCAGGGCGACGCGUUUCUCCUCAACGAGCACGGUGUCAAUCACAAGUUUUUGCCGCAGCUGAUGCGUCUAGCCGGUCGGGAGAAGUGCGUGCAGGUCGGUGUCGUCGGGGCGUCGACGCACAACGGCAGCGACGCGACGGCGCGCCACGUGACGCUUUCCAACGAUCUCGACUGGUCCAUCCUCGAGGGCCCUUCGCCGCGGCGCGUGCGCCCGCCCGAGUGGGGCCUCGACUGGCACCUCUACGGAUGCGGUUUCUUCUCGAUCGAGGCAAGGCGAGAGCUCGCGCGGCGCGUCGACGUCGCCUCGCGGACGAUGCUGCGCGCGUGCGCGUGCGCUCCUGAACCACUGGUGCCCUCGAAGCCGCGCCUGCUCUUUGUGCGUCGACGCGCCGACCCGCACAAUAGGCAUCAGAAUCGGAGCCUGCCGAAUUUCGACGCCCUCGUCGCUCACCUCCACGCGCAAUCUUGGUCUUCUGCAAUCGAGUUCCGUGUCGUCGACUUUGCAGACCUGACACUCUGCGAGCAAGCGUGCGAGGCGCACCAGAGUGCGGUCCUGGUCGCCCAGCACGGGGCCGGCCUGGCGAACGCCGCGUACCUGCGUGACCGCGGUCGGGCGGCCGUCGUCGAGAUCUGCCCAAAGUCCAUGUGGUACAAGUCUAUCUUCCAGUGCCUCGCGGGCUUGCGGGGCGCGCACUAUGGCCGCAUCCAGCAGACAGACAUCCACGGCCCAGUCGACGUCGCCGCCGCCGCGGACGCUGUCGCCACCGUCCUGGAGGUGCUCGGCUCGCCGGUCGACGAAAAGAAUCGCUACCCACGGCCCGGUGGCCACCACCUCCGCGUGUGCAACGGGAAGGACCGUGUCUGGCGCGCACCGAUCGACUGCGGCUAUUAAUAACAUAUAAAUAUUUCAAGCCCACUACUAAGCGGCGUGCUGUGG